GGCCCGAGAGCAAAGGAGGAAGAUGCAACUGACUCGCUGCUGCUUCGUGUUCCUAGUGCAGGGCAGCCUCUAUCUGGUCAUCUGUGGCCAGGAUGAUGGUCCCCCUGGCUCAGAGGACCCUGAGCACGAUGACCAUGAGAGCCAGCCCCGGCCCCGGAUGCCUCGGAAGCGGGGCCACAUCUCACCUAGGUCCCGCCCCAUGGCCAACUCCACUCUCCUAGGGCUGUUGGCUCCACCUGGGGAGGCAUGGGGGGUUCUUGGGCAGCCUCUCAACCGCCCGAAUCACAGCCCCCCACCCUCGGCCAAGGUGAAGAAAAUCUUUGGCUGGGGCGACUUCUACUCCAACAUCAAGACCGUAGCCCUGAACCUGCUCGUCACUGGGAAGAUCGUGGACCACGGCAACGGGACCUUCAGCGUCCACUUCCGGCACAACGCCACGGGCCAGGGCAACAUCUCCAUCAGCCUCGUGCCCCCCAGUAAGGCUGUAGAGUUCCACCAGGAGCAGCAGAUCUUCAUCGAAGCCAAGGCCUCCAAAAUCUUCAACUGCCGGAUGGAGUGGGAGAAGGUGGAACGGGGCCGCCGGACCUCGCUCUGCACCCAUGACCCAGCCAAGACCUGCUCCCGAGACCACGCUCAGAGCUCAGCCACCUGGAGCUGCUCCCAGCCCUUCAAAGUCGUCUGCGUCUACAUCGCCUUCUACAGUACGGACUAUAGGCUGGUCCAGAAGGUGUGCCCGGAUUACAACUACCACAGUGAUACCCCCUACUACCCCUCUGGGUGACCCUGGCAGGCCACAGAGGCCAGGCCAGGGCUGGAAGGACAGGUCUGCCCUGCAGGAGGCCAUCUGUCUGGACACUGGGCAGGGAAGGGGAUGGGCCUCAGGCAGGGAGGCGGGUGGAGAGGAGGAGAUGCCAAGUGGGGCCAGGCCAAGUCUCAAGCGGUGGGGAAGGGGUCCUACGUGCUGGCCCCAGCCUGAGGUUGUGGAGCGGCCAGGACACGGGAGCACUGGAGGAGGAGUGAGUUCUCAGUGCAGCCUCACAGCGUUCCCCGCUGAGCAACAGGCAGAGGCUGGAUCCAGGAGGCUCCUGGGGCGAGCAAACCAGU